GCAAAGAUCCAUUGCAGACUAUGAAUAACCCAAAAUCUUAUCAAUCACUCUAAUCGAUAUCGCACCAUUAAAGCAACGCCCUCUAUCAUUGAGUUCAACAAAUAGCCCUGCAUUUCGCACGAACCUACAACGAUGUGUUUGCCAUUCUCUACCAGGCUCCAAGAUCCUGUUGAUCCACCUCCACGCCACUACAAGAACUUUGACAGCAAGUUCCCGGUUUCCGGCACCAGUGCGUAUUCUCGGCAAAGAGACCAAGCACGCACGAACAAAAUCAACGAAAUGAACGCGGCCAGCAAAGAAUCCCGUGCCAGAAACAAGAACCAGAAGAAGUCCUUCCUGUUGCGUAACAAUGGUGGUGGAGCGAGUUCACUUCAUCAUGGGAGCAUUGCUGGAGCGGUUGCUGGCGGUGCUAUGGGAGGAGGAGGUGCUGGUGCUGGUGGAUUCUGAUGGCUUUUGCAUAAUGAUCAACACAUGUUCCUUGCCUCAUGGUUGCUUCGAUGGCUGACCUAUAAGUCGUUGUGGUAUUGAGUCUCAUGCUUCACUGAAUUCGGAUGGAGUAGUUUCACAGGAUACCCCACGGCCAUGCACUCAGUCUCCUCAUUCCGAGUCAGUUUAUGGAGGAUACCACUCCAGCAUUGCCGAAGUGUACAUUCAUUUUAGAUCUCUAAAAGUAUAUACAUAUCUCUACUCUGAUGUUCCUAGAGGUUUUAAUCCUCGGUGAAGGCA